UUGCUACCUAUUUCUGCCGGCAAAUUGAGGUCGUAGUACAAUCACCGACAAGUUAGACAUAAUUUUUUAUUCGAUUCAGUUCGACAAUAAAUCAGCACAACUCAACAACGAAGAAAGCAGCAAGCUCUUUACGAAUUCCUCCUGAAGAUAAUUCAGCACAUAAAUGAAAUAAAAUUAACGUUUGGAGAUUCAUAAACAUGACUUUGAAACAUGUAAUAAUAGGUGGUGGCACAGGUUUUAUAGGGUCACAGCUGAUAAAAUCCCUUUCUCUCAAGGGUAUCUCUUGCACAUGUAUCUCUCGAAUGCCAGGACCACAUAGAAUGUCAUGGAAUGAUUUAGAACGCUGUGGUCUACCAGAAAAUACAUCAGCUGUCAUCAAUCUUGCUGGACAAAACAUACUUGAUCCUACUCAGAGAUGGUCAUCAGGUUUCAAACAAAACGUCAAAAACAGCAGAGUGAAAACAACAAAGACUCUAGCCGAUGCCAUACAGAAUACUAAAGCUACAGUCUUCUUGACUAUAUCUGGAGUUGCUUAUUAUAAACCAAAUGGCAAUGUGUAUACAGAAGACAACAAGUGCGAGCCAUAUGAUUUCCUAUCAAAACUCUCUCAUGAUUGGGAAAGUGCUGCACAAUUACCAAAAGAGAGUAAUAUUAGACAAGUCACGAUAAGAUCUGGAGUUGUGUUGGGAAGAAGCGGUGGUAUGAUAAAGCAGAUAUACUUGCCAUUCUACCUUGGCCUAGGUGGACCGAUAGGUGCUGGGAAUCAAUACAUGCCCUGGAUACAUAUCACAGAUUUAGUUAACAUGUUUAUAUUUGCGCUUAAAAACAACAAUGUGCAAGGCAUAUUAAAUGGAGUUGCACCUCAACUUGUUACAAAUGCAGAAUUCACAAAAGCAUUCGCAUCGGCGAUAUGGAGACCUGCGAUCAUACCUCUUCCGGAUUUUGUUUUGCGAAUAUUGUUUAGUGAAGAACGAGCGAAAAUCAUGUUGGAAGGGCAGAAAGUUGAACCAAAGCGUGUGAAAGAGUUGGGUUUUCAGUAUCAAUAUCCUGAUAUUCAAAGUGCCUGCAAACAACUCGUUCAGUAAUUAAAUUCCACACUUUACAUAAAGCUGUGUCUGAUAGAAAUCGAUAGAUCCGCGUAGCUCAAUUAAUUUUAAAAUUAUUUAAAAUGUAAUAUAUACUAUUUAAAUUAUAAGUAGCGUGCAAUGAAGCACGAAC